CAAGGAAAAACAGAGGAAGUCCAGUUGCCUCUUGGAAAAAAGCACCUUUGGGUUUUGCCCUUUUCCCAUUUUCUUUUCCCUUUUUAGGUAAGAUAUCUAACUUCACAAUACAAGCCACGGUUUUUAUUUUCUUGGAUGCAACCAACCCUUUAAAUCUUUUGCCAUCUCCUUUCUGGAGUGACCAGAGACGGGAACCUCAUGGUCACCCUGGAGAUGGCCUUUGCCAAGAGACAGGAGGGGGUCCCUCAUGAGAAGAGGGAAAAGCACCCACCCCUGGCGUUGAUCCAAAUCCCGCAAAUUAAAGCCACUCAUGAUAAAGAUGCAAAUGCAUCUGAUGAUUAAUCUGAUAUUUGACAAGCUUCAGAGUGCUGUUCUUUUCGGCUGAGAGCGGAGCUGUAGCACACUGGAGCUGGCACUGAGACGGCGGGCGUUCAGCGUGCUCUCUUGUGCCUCUUCCUUUGAGCACAGGCUUGCUUCUUUCCAAACAAACACUGCAAAGUCUGGAAAUCCGGAACGGAUGCCCACCUAGCAGCAGAGGAGUAAGAAGGCUGGUGGUGUCGGAUGCCUUUUUCUUCUGGGGACCAGGCCACAAUCAGCAUCCCAAAGCAUCAAGAUGCAGGAGAGCAGGAAUUUCAGUUAACACCCACCUGGUCACUUCAAUUUCCUUCGCCGUUCUGGCUGUGCUGACAACUUUUUUUUUUUUUUUUUUUUUUGCAUGGGAGGCAAAACCCCAGUGACAGGGACGUAAACUUUGCUUUGGUGGCUUGGCAGCUGAUUGGCAUGAAAGGCUGUCUCGGACGAUGCUGUCUUUGGAAUGGGAAUCAGAGGGUCUGCAGACGGUGGGCAUAGUGGUGAUUAUCGUUGCGUCUCUGAAGCUGCUGCAUCUGCUUGGGCUGAUAGACUUCUCCGAAGGUUUCCUCUACAGCCCGAGCAGCUCGAAACACAGCAUUAAAGAGCGGCUUAUGAAGCUCUUGCGCUGCUCGUCCUCCAAAUCGACCUCUCCUGCUACCCAAAACAGCAUAGAAGAUGAAAUUGAAAUGGCCACUGUACGGCAUCGGCCGGAAGCCCUUGAACUGCUGGAAGCACAGAGCAAGUUCACCAAGAAGGAACUUCAGAUUUUAUAUCGGGGAUUCAAAAAUGAGUGUCCCAGUGGGAUUGUUAAUGAAGAGGCCUUCAAAGAGAUUUACUCUCAGUUCUUCCCACAGGGAGAUUCUACGACAUAUGCACAUUUUCUGUUCAACGCAUUUGACACAGAUCACAAUGGAAGUGUGAGUUUUGAGGAUUUUGUUAUGGGUCUUUCAAUUUUGCUCCGUGGGACCGUGCAGGAAAAACUCAGCUGGGCUUUUAAUUUGUAUGAUAUAAACAAAGACGGCUAUAUAACAAAGGAGGAAAUGCUUGAUAUAAUGAAGGCUAUCUAUGACAUGAUGGGAAAAUGCACGUAUCCUGUUCUUCAAGAAGAUGCCCCGAGACAACACGUGGAAACAUUUUUCCAGAAAAUGGACAGGAACAAGGAUGGGGUCGUUACCAUAGAUGAAUUCAUCGAAAGCUGCCAGAAAGAUGAAAACAUAAUGCACUCCAUGCAACUCUUUGAAAAUGUAAUUUAACCUCAUACAGCUCUCCCUUCAGUGGACAAUAUGAACAAUUCUGCAGCAACACAUCUAUAAACGUUGCCACUUAGGAAUCAGAAUUGUCAGCUUUACACUGAGAUGUCUAUAAUGCAAAUAAGCUUUGUUUAAUUAAAGCCUCCCUUCUGAGACUGUAUUUUUCCACUAGUUGAGGUAAAGCAAAGUCAUUAAACAAUGCUCUCGUUAGUCGUUUUUAAAAUGUCAUUUGAGUCAUAGAACAAUCCAAAGAAAACAGCAACAGGGAAAUUGCAUUACCGUUAUUCCAACUUGCACAGCGGAGGUCUCGGAGCGAUGGGAAAAAAAGGCAAGCUUUUGGUUAGACGAGUUUCCACAAUGUCACGUCUUUAACUCCACAGUCCCUAGUGUACGGAGCUCAUCCUCCAUAACUCUCAACUGGAGGGGUAUUUUUGACAAUUACUUUUUAAGGGGAAUCCAUCCGAGUGUUGCUCGAAGCUUCAUGCAGCCGGUGAGCAGUCUCAGAUGCUGGCUUCAGGUUGGGUCACUGUGAGAAAGGGGCACUUAAAGGCAUCCAGGCAUCCCCCCACCCCACCCCGUGUCUCCACAAAGUCUUCCUUAGCCUAGCCUGGGAGAAAUAUCAGAUUCCUUAACGCUACUCUUUUAAAUUCAGAUCUACAGUUUUUAUAAUAGCUUUUCUUAUGCAAAAGAAAAAUGUAUUGUUUAAACACUGCCUAUGAUAAACUUAUUCUGUUGACAAAUUCACUGACACAGUGAAUAUCCAGGCAGUAGUUUAGAUAAAAGCUUAGCCUUCCCAAUCAAAGGGGAGAAUUAAUUGAUACAGCCAGUUCUUGAUUGGAAUAAAGAUGGGAGUCAAAGGAAGACGGAUGGGGAACCAGGGAGAGUGGUUUAUUCACGCUCCCAGUCGGUGACUGCUCCAGAUACGGACCAGGACACAAUUAUGACAAUCAAGCACCGUUUAUAGUUUCAAAACCCAAGUAAGAUUGGAAGUUUAUUAGCAUGACUACUUAGAAGGAGCUGUAGAUCUUCCAGGAGCUACAACUGCUAUUAUUCACAGAGUGAAAAGCAGAGAGAGAGAGAGUAUUCUGAGAACAACUGAAAAGUCGCAGAAAAACGAUCGGAAUAAAAUUAAAGAGUAAAUUUGCCACAGCCUUUAAAAGUGACCGCGGGGAAAAAACACAAGUGCACAAUAUCUAAGUUAAGAGAGGUACUUCCACCUCUCUUCUCGCUUCUUUAAAAACAAGAAAGGGAAAUUAAAAAAAGAAAGGGAGAGACAGACAGAACAGACAGUAGCCAGCAAAAAUUCCUGCUACUCAAGACAGUCGAAGUAAUAUUAAAUUACUGUCUGGCUAGAUGCUUAUUAGUACUGAUAGAAGACGUACGGCAGCAUUAAUCGUUUCUGCGCUGGAGUUCCAGAGAGCUUAUGGAUGUACAAGGAUGCUGCAAACUCUUGUAGUUUUUUUCUUUCUAUUUUUAAAAAUGGCAUCUAUUCUGGUACGAGAUGGCUUCGAGAGUCAAGCUACUCUACUAAUGCCA